ACACGCCCUCCCUCGCACUGAACAUUCUACAAGCCUCCUCCCUCUCCCUCCGUCUCGCACACGCGCGCAAACUAGAGCACACCUCGACGCCGCCAUAGCCACAGCGAGCAAGCUCAUGCUUCCUCUCCUGAACAUGCAAGCUCCUCCUCCUCCUCCACAGAGCGGCGGCAAGCAGCAUCACCAGCUGAUGAGGACGGUGUCCAUCUCCGUCCUGGUGAUGUCGCUGCCGGUGCUCUACGUCUCCUUCCUCCACGUCCCGCCGGCCGCCCUCUUCAGGGACACCACCUUCUGGUUCCUCAUGUCCAACUCCAUCAUCAUCGUCAUCGCCGCCGACUCCGGCAUGCUCUUCUUCCGCUCCUCCUCAUCCGCCGCCUCACGCUCGUCGUCUGACGGCGACGACGAUGGUGGCAUCCCCUUCGCCGUCUCCGGCGUCGAGCCGGUGGCCAUCAAGAGCGGUCAUGCGUUGUCGACAGGCGUCUCUGUCUCCGACGAGGUGGUCGUCCAGAACCAAGCUUUGGUUAUGAUGGAGCACGGAGACAUGUCGGUGAUCGCCGAGAACGACGACGACGCGUACGCAUUGGUUGUCAGAGAAGACCAAACAGAACAAGUGGUGGCAAGCACGCUGCCGGAGAGCAGGGAGAUUAUCAUAAGCCAUUCCACCGGCGCCGGCGAGGCCGUCGACGUCGGCGCAAUCGUGCCAGCAGCGGCGAGGCCAAGAAGGCUGGCGGCGAACCGGAGCCUCGCCGCGCGGGAGGAGAGGCCGACGACGUCGAGGCGGCGGCGCGGUCACAGGCCGUUGCACUCGCACUCGCACGCGCUCGUCCCCGUGCAGGACAAGAGCGUGGUGGUGAGCGAGGAGAAGCACCUCCGCCGGACGGCGACUGACAGGCGGCCGGCGCCGGCGGAGGAGGAGGAGAAGGAAAAGGAGAACGAGUACUCGAAGCUGUCGGACGAGGAGCUCAACCGCCGCGUGGAGGAGUUCAUCACCAGGUUCAACCGGGAGAUCAGGCUGCAGCUGGAGAAGGAGCAAGCAGCCGCCGCCUGAUGACGCCCUGACGCCAUGGAAAUCAAUCAAGCUCUCAAAUCCAAGUUGCUAGGACCUUGGAGAAUUUUGUUCGCGUGUGUGUGCUGCGCUUGUACGGGUAGCUGGUAGCUGGUAGCUUCUUCUCCGAUGGCUCCUCUUAGUACUAGUCUGCUGUUGCAGCAGAGCAGUGAGGUGAGGCAGAGGGACAUGGAAAUCAAUCAAGCUCCGAGUGAGAUCUGAACAUCAAGAACGGAGACGACGACGACGACGGUGAGCACGCCAAGAUCGAUCGAGAUCGUACAUGUAGCAGAGGAUCUUUGAUCUUGCACGCACGCGUGGGUGGGAAUAAAUUAAAGAGGAUGCAGAGCAAGAUGUGGAGAGUUGUAUAAUCAAUUAGCUUCGUGGCUGGCUUUGUUAUCCGCAAGUGUCCUCUGCGUACGUCCUGCUCCAAGAUCGCCUUCGUCCUGUAGCGGUAGCCUGUCGGAUGAUCAUCGAGGGGGUGGGCCCCACUGCAAAAACUCCAGCCCUGUUUGAAACGCCAGAAUUUUGCUCU